AUGAAAUUCUUAAGUAGAUCCAAAUACUUAACACUUGGUUUUAUGACUCCAAUAUUAGAAGAACUUACAUGUCAGCUUAAGUACUUUACUAGACAAAAUGAUAAAGUAGGAAGAUCCAAAUGA